CAAAAAGCAGACGUAUGUUUCAGUGAACGACAAGUGGAGGAAGAGGACACAAGAUUCCAUCUAGAAUCUGAACUAAUACAAAGCAGGCAAACCACCCAAAACCCACCAGUAUUCACGAAAAAAAAAAAAAUGAAUAAACAACACACUCAACAUACUAAUAUAGCUCCAAUUUCAUCCACCACCCCCUUGUUUCAAUGCCAUUCUCGAUAUACGUUCUUGGCGUUUCGCGUUUAUUCUUGUUUUAUCUACGUUCGUUGAUCGGUUUUUCUUUUCUUUUCUUUUUUAUCGGGAUAAAAGGGUUGGUGGGUCAUGAAUCGCUUUCUGCACUUCCAAGUGAAACAAAUCGAUAUUAUCUAGAAGGUCUUUCUUUUUGGUUUUCUUCGGCUUCUUGGAACUGGGGAGGGUGUUAAUCUAUCUGGGUUCGUCCUUACUUUCGUUCUAUUUGUUCGGAGAAUGUACUUUCUUUGAUUGCAAGACAAGCCAGCAUGGAUUUGGCGGGUGUGAUCCUUAACCAGCCAAUCAAGAAAGAUUCAUGGAAGACAGUGCUAAUAUUGGCUUAUCAGAGCUUGGGCGUUGUCUAUGGAGAUUUAAGUACUUCUCCUUUAUAUGUAUACAAAAGCACCUUUGCUGAGGAUAUCAAGCAUUCAGAGACUAAUGAGGAAAUAUAUGGGGUUUUGUCCUUCGUGUUCUGGACACUCACGCUGGUGCCGCUACUCAAGUAUGUGUUUAUCGUGCUUAGAGCUGAUGAUAAUGGUGAAGGUGGGACUUUUGCUUUGUAUUCAUUGCUAUGCCGGCACGCCCGAGUCAACGCAUUGCCCAAUUGUCAACUCGCCGAUGAGGAACUAUCGGAGUACACAAAACACGGGAUUGAAUCUGAUAAGGGAAGUAUAGGGUGGAGGUUAAAGUCGACAUUGGAGAAGUAUAGAGUGCUGCAAAAGUUACUGCUUGUUCUGGCUUUGAUUGGGACUUGUAUGGUUAUUGGAGAUGGGGUGCUCACACCAGCAAUUUCUGUGUUUUCGGCUGUGUCCGGGCUGGAGCUUUCCAUGUCAAACGAGCACCACCGAUAUGUUGAAGUCCCAGUUACUUGUAUCAUACUGGUCUUCUUGUUUGCUCUCCAGCAUUAUGGGACCCAUCGGGUGGGGUUCCUCUUUGCACCUGUUGUGAUUACAUGGCUUUUAUGCAUCAGUGCCAUUGGUGUGUAUAAUAUCUUCCAUUGGAAUCCCAAUGUUUACCAAGCGCUCUCUCCCUACUACAUGUACAAAUUUUUGAAGAAGACACAACGGGGAGGUUGGAUGUCCCUAGGUGGAAUUCUUUUGUGUAUAACAGGCUCAGAAGCUAUGUUUGCUGAUCUGGGACACUUCUCACAGUUGUCUAUUAAGAUUGCUUUCACCUGUAUGGUCUACCCCUCCUUGAUCCUAGCAUAUAUGGGGCAAGCUGCUUAUCUUUCGAAGCAUCAUGCUAUUGAAAGUCACUAUCGGAUUGGAUUCUAUGUCUCUGUACCGGAGAAAAUAAGAUGGCCUGUUUUGGUAAUAGCCAUACUUGCAGCUGUGGUUGGAAGUCAAGCCAUCAUCACUGGGACUUUCUCCAUAAUCAAACAGUGCUCCGCUUUGGGUUGCUUUCCAAGGGUCAAAAUUGUCCACACGUCAUCUAAAAUACAUGGCCAAAUUUAUAUUUCGGAGAUCAAUUGGAUUUUAAUGCUGUUAUGCUUGGCUGUUACCAUUGGCUUUAGAGACACAAAACGCAUGGGCAAUGCAGCAGGUUUGGCAGUUAUUACUGUUAUGCUCGUGACGACCUGUCUAAUGUCUCUAGUUAUCGUCCUAUGCUGGCACAGAAGUGUCUUCCUAGCCAUUUGUUUUAUAUUCUUCUUCGGCUCUGUUGAAGCACUCUACUUUUCAGCAUCACUCAUCAAGUUCCUUGAAGGAGCUUGGGUCCCCAUUGCCCUCUCAUUUAUCUUCCUAAUUGUUAUGUAUCUUUGGCAUUAUGGCACACUCAAGAAAUAUGAGUUUGAUGUUCAAAAUAAGGUACCCAUCAACUGGCUCCUCAGUCUUGGUCCUCGUCUUGGAAUUGUUCGGGUUAAGGGGAUUGGACUUAUACAUACUGAGCUGGUUUCUGGGAUCCCAGCUAUUUUCUCUCACUUUGUCACGAAUCUCCCAGCUUUCCACCAGGUUGUGGUCUUCCUCUGUAUCAAAUCUGUCCCAGUGCCACAUGUCAGACCUGAUGAAAGGUUUUUGGUGGGAAGAGUUGGCCCCAAGGAGUACCGGCUUUAUAGAUGCAUAGCACGGUAUGGCUAUCGGGAUGUUCAGAAGGAUGACAACGAGUUCGAAAAGGAUCUUGUGUGUAGCAUUGCAGAAUUCAUCCGGUCAGAGAGGCCAGCAAAUGAUGAGGGAACAGAAGAUGUGGAGAAUGAUGAAUACAUGACAGUUGUGGGGAGUUCAUCAUCAAACCUAGUAGGUAUAAGAAUGUGUGAGGAUGAUGGAAAUGUUGGAGAAAUGGCAGGCACUUCGGAGUUGAGGGAGAUUCACUCCCCAAAAAAGCUUAGGAAGAGGGUGAGAUUUGUUUUGCCAAAGAGUCCACAGAUUGAUAGGGAUGCACGUGUGGAGUUGCGAGAACUAAUGGAUGCUAGGGAGGCAGGAAUGGCAUUUAUAAUGGGGCAUUCAUAUGUGAGAGCAAAGACAGGAUCCAGUCUGAUGAAGAGAGUGGUGAUUAAUCUCGGUUACGAUUUCUUAAGGAGAAACUUUAGGGAACCAACGUUUGCUCUGAGCCUUCCUUAUGCAUCCACGCUAGAGGUGGGAAUGGUGUACCAUGUUUAAUCGUGAUUGUAUCUAAUGGCGUUCCUCUCU